CUUCCCCCAUCCCCACUACCGGCAUACGUCGUCGUGCCUCGCCUUUGCCUUGCCCUGCUAUCGCCCAUGGGUAAUCCUCCGAGUCCAUGUUAACACCACCCACGGGAGUCGUCGGGAACCGCCCCGACCUACCUUAGCCUGCCAUGGCCGUCAUCGACCAGCACGACAACUUCUCCAACGUCUCAUGGCACAGUCAAGGAAACGACCCGGCCGCUGUUGCCGUGGGAUCGGGAUCGAGCGCCGCCAUCCCGGUCUUUGAUGACUCUGUGCCCGUUGGCGAAAGCCGCCCAGAGAUGGACGAGGAUCCCACGAGGAUAGACCCCGGCUUGUCCGGCGACGUUCUCCAUUGCACAGUGACAGAACCGCGCAAGGAGAGCGACGGAACGAAAGACGCCUUUGUAUCAUAUCUUGUAACCACACAUUCCACAUUCCCUUCCUUCCAGAAACCACAAUUCUCAGCCCGACGACGCUUCACCGACUUCGUCUUCCUCUACAAAUCCCUCUUCAAAGACUACCCAGCAUGCGCCGUCCCCCCCCUGCCCGACAAGCAGCGCAUGGAGUAUGUGCGCGGUGACCGGUUCGGCCCCGACUUCACCCACCGCCGGGCCUUCUCCCUGCAGCGCUUCCUGUCCCGGCUGGCCGCACACCCCAUCCUGCGCAGAGCCCCCAUCCUGCACACAUUCCUGGAGAGCCCCGACUGGAACGCCACCAUGAAGAGCCGCUCGGCCCGCGGCGGCGUUAACGCUACUGGCGAGCCGGGGAGCGGGGGCGUGUUCGACAACUUUGCCGACACCUUCAUCAACGCCUUCACAAAAGUCAACAAGGCAGACAAGCGGUUCAUCGAGGUGCGGGAGCGCGCCGACAAGCUCGACGAGGACCUGGGACACGUCGAGAAGGUGGUUGCGCGCGUCGUGCGCCGCGAGGCGGACCUCGAGUCCGACAUGCGGGACCUGGCCGAGCAGUUCCAGAAGCUCAUCACCCUCGAGCCCGGCGUCGAGACCGCCGUCCGCGCCUUCGCCGCCAGCGUCGAGGACGCGGGCACGGGCCUGAGGCGGCUCAAGGACCACACGGACCAGGACUACCUGGGCAGCCUGAGGGACAUGGGGGCCUACAGCGUCGCGCUCAAGAACCUGCUCAAGACGCGGGAGCAGAAGCAGCUCGACCACGAGCAGCUGACCGAGUACCUCAACAAGUCGACCCUGGAGCGCGACGGCCUGGUCUCGGGGUACGGCUCGUCCGGCGCGGGGGGCUUCAUCCGGAGCAAGCUCGAGGACGUGCGGGGCGUGGACCACGAGGCGUCGCGGCGGGAGCGCCUCAGGAAGCUCGAGAUACGCAUCGACGAGCUGACGACGGAGGCGGAGCGCGCCAAGAAGACGAGCGAGAUGUUCGACGAGGAGGUCGUCAAGGAGGUCGUGGACUUUGAGCGCAUCAAGCGCAUCGAGAUGAAGAAGCAGUUUGGCGGUCUGGCCGAUGCACACGUGGAUUUCUACGGCGGCCUCAUCGAGGUCUGGGAACGAUAUGUCAAGGAGAUGGAGGGACAAGUUAGUGCGUCGUAAUGAGCUGAAAUUCUUUUUGGGGGAGGGGAGGGCAUCUCUUAAGCAUAGCCUUUUGGGAGGGCAUGUUCACGAUAGGCUUCAAGGCACGAGACACACAGUCUGACUCGAAGCGACGGAAAACUUGAAAGCACGAGGCCAUGAUUGGUAGAAGGGGCGUUUAAAGGUCAGCAAAUUCGCGAGCAUGGGCCAAGUAAUAAUUCACCAGCCUGUAUAAAUGGCUAUC